AUGCCACGCGACUGCUUGGGCUACCCGCUGCAGUGCUGGCGCGAGCUGUCGACGCGCAUGCCACUCGACGAGCUCUGGCCGCGGCUCCGGCUGCCCGCGCGCCUGCGCGACGAUGACGCAGCGCUCUUCCGCGGCGCAUCGCUCGUCUUUUCACAUGUCGUCCUCUCGCAGCCACUCGACUUGACGCUAUUGCGGCGCUGUGUCCAGCCGAACGCGCGGCUCCAGCUGCACGCGUCGAGCCUGCCGCUUGCGCCGACGCCCGCCUGGUUCCAGGAGCUCGCGACGUUCUCGGUCGCGUCACUGCAAGGUGCUCGACGCAGUUGCGAAGGUCUCACAUCGGCGCUGCCUUUCUUCCGCUCUCUUUGCACACUGGACCUCGGGCGCAGCGAGCCCAUGACGAACCAGCAGCAAGGCGACUUGGUGCAUGCGCUCGAGACUGGGCUGCCGGCGCUGUUGUCGCUGCGGCUGCGCCACGAGCAACUGACAAAGGAAGCGCUCGGCGCGCUCGCGGCCUGGAUCGCGACGCGACCUGUGCGUGGCGUUGGGCUCGUGGGCUGUGGCGACGCUGCACCGCGCGCGUUCUGCACCGCCCUGCACGCCAGCGAUACGCUGCACACACUUGAUAUGGAGCAGAGUCCAUUGGGGCUCAAGAUCUGCCGCGAUGUGUCGCCGGGUCACUGGCCCCACCUGACGACGCUUCGUCUCCACGCGUGCGCUCUCACGGCCCGCAGCGUCAAGAAGCUUCUGCCGGGUCUGCCAGCGCGCUCGCUUCGCAAGCUUGAUCUCUCCGAGAAUCCCAUUGGCGACAAAGGCCUCCAGCUCCUCCUCGAGUGGCUGCCGGCGAGUAGCGUGCACUACUUGCAGCUGGCCAACGCGGGGUUGACGCCCAAGGGACUGAUGGCACUCGCGUCCACGCUGCGCCGGCCCUCGCGCCUCGUCACCGUGUACUUGGAAAACGAAGCGAUCGACGAUCGCAGCCUCGCGCGGUUUGUAAAGCUCACUGCGCAGUCCCCGACCUUGCAGUACUUGGCGCUCUGGCACAUGGCUGUCGCCGUUGAGAGCGCCAUGGACAUGGUCAACGCGCUGUACCACAACCAGAAGCUCGAGGUCGUGCUCUUGGGCUCGAGCGCGCUCACGACCCGCGCCGCGCAGAUCGUCGACUCGUGCUAUGGCGUGCGCGCAACGCGCUUUUCGUGGCCGCGCCGCCACUUGCGUCGACGCCAUUGGACAUCAACGCGCUGCAAGCUACGCUCGACAGUGCAGUGA